GCGUAGGAAAUAACAGUACUGCUGGAUAACGGGCAACGGCUCAUUAUUGGCGCACGGGUUGAACUUCAUUAUUGUCUCUAAUAGUAAAAAUACAGCCAAGUUCGCAUCAUGGAAUCAAACAAGCGACAGGAAGAUGCCGGUGAUGCUGUUCUUGAUACAAAGAAACCAAAAUUAGCAGACACAAGAACUGGUUUGUUAUUAGGCUACGGAAAUCCAUUAUUGGAUAUUUCUGUAAAUGGUAAUCAAGAAUUUUUAGACAAAUAUGAUUUAAAGGCUAACAAUGCUAUUUUAGCGGAAGACAAGCACAUUCCUUUGUACGAUGAAAUGGUUAAAACAUUUAAAGAUUCUGUAGAAUAUGUACCAGGAGGUGCUACUUUAAAUGCUUUAAGAGUUGCACAGUGGUUGCUGGGUAACAACGAAGCUACAACCUUUUUUGGUUGUAUAGGUAAAGAUGAUAAAUUUGGAUCUAUAUUAGUAGAUAAAAGUAAAGAAGCUGGUGUCAAUGUUCAGUUUCAAUAUACAGAAAAAGAAGCUACAGGAACAUGUGCUGUAAUAUGUACUGGUAAUGCUAGGUCAUUAGUAGCUAAUUUAGCUGCUGCUAAUUGUUUUACAGAAUCACAUUUAGAUAAUGAAAAUAAUUGGAGUUUGGUUGAAAAAGCUCAAUAUUAUUAUUGUGCAGGCUUUCCAUUAACUGUUUGUCCAGCUGCUAUGUUAAGAAUGGCUAAACAUGCGAAUGAGAAAAACAAGACAUUUUGCAUGAAUCUAUCAGCACCAUUUUUAUGUUCCUUUUUUAAACAACCCAUGUUAGAAAUUUUACCAUAUGUAGAUAUUUUAUUUGGAAACGAAACCGAAGCUGCAGAAUUUGCUAAAGCUAAUGAUUUAGAGACUACAGACAUUAAAGAAAUUGCUUUGAAAGUAGCAGCUAUGGAGAAAACCAACAAAUCUCGUUCACGAAUGGUUAUAUUUACUCAGGGAGACUUGGCUGCCAUUGUUGCACAAGAUGGAAAAAUAACAGAAUAUCCAGCAACAUCUGUGAAUUCUACUGAUAUAGUGGAUACAAAUGGUGCUGGCGAUGCAUUUGUAGGAGGUUUUUUAGCUCAGUUAGUUCAAGGCAAGCCAAUCAGUGAAAGCAUGCGAUGUGGACACUGGGCUGGUAAUUUAAUCAUACAACGACCUGGAUGUACCUUCCCUGAAAAACCAUCCUUUGCAUAAUUGAACUGUUCAUUGGAGAAUGUGAAUUGUAAAAUUGAAAUUAUAUAAAUAUAAGUGAAAAGAUUUGGCUAAAAAUAAGUUAAAUUUGGUUCACAUUCAACUAUAUGCCAGUAUCUGUUCUACAAACUUUUUUUUUAAAAUGGCUAUGCACAAAGGUCUGUUAUGGCCUUAACAUUUACAUGAGAUUAAUUUCUGUGUUAUGAAAUUGAUUUAAAAUGGAGAUCUCAUAACCUUUCACUCAAUUUUCAAGAUGCACAUAUUUUUAUAACAUUGCCAAAUAGUUUUAUUCUCUAAACUCUUUGUUUAUUCUUCUAAAAUAGAAUGUGCUAUGAUGUGAAAUUUGUUUCAGUGUUCAUAAGAUGUUUAAAGUUGUCUAUAAACUAUGGUUGUUUUGUUCAUGAAAUUCUCCAAAUCGAUGCAGAAUUGUUCAAAGGACAAGGAUGCCAAUUUUCAUGUUGAUUGGACUUGAACUGAUGGAGCCUUAGUCUUUUUCGAAGAGCGUCACCCCAAGAAGAACAAGAUGAGUAGUGGUUAGCGACCAGUACCUGGUCCAAAAAGUGGGUUGAAAUAAGCAUACAUAAACACUAUUUCAUGAUAAUUAUUUGGAGUUGUCUCCUAUUACCAAUAGCUUCAAACACUAUUUCGUGAUAAUCAUUGAGUUGUCUCCCAUUACCAAUAGCUUCAAGUCUUAAUCGACUCUCAAUUCUGUGUAUAUACAGAGGCUUUCACAAACAUCUACAUAUGGUUAUUAUAAAUGAAAUACGUUGAUCUUUGUUCUCAUUCAAAGAAAUUUAAAUGUCUUUAAUACAAAAUAAUGUAAUUUCUGUCUUACCCUUUUAUACGAUUUGAGAUAAGCAUGAAAAACUCAUAACUGGGAAAUAAUAAUUGUUGAUAUGAAUUUUUAGAUUGUGGAAAGUUUACAUAAUGUUAUAGUUAUAAUUAACAGCAUGCAUUUAUAUGAUCUUAGUUUCUUCUACAUUGAUAAUUAUGUGAUAAUAUUCAUUUAUGGAUUAAACAUAGAUCUCUA